AUGGCACCACCAUCGCCAGCUCCACCACCAGCCACCGCUGCAGCGCCCUCCUCGUCCUCGUCGUCCUCGUCGCCCGGCUGGUCGACGGGCGGCAAAGUCGACUGGCGCACCGUGCCGGACCUCGACGACCUGCCUCCCGUCGAGGGCCAGCCGGCCGGGUGCGCCUGGAACUUUUGGGGCCGCGACGACCGGCUGGGCACGCUCAACCUCCUCACCCCCCAAGUCGUCGCGGCGGCGGCGGCGAGCGAGGUGCGCACGGGCGAGCGCGUCCAGAUCGACUGGGGGCUCGACAGCGUCGACGUGCCCCUCAUCGACCGCAAGCCCUUCCACCACCGCCUCGUCGACCUCCACGCCUCGCUCGGCGUCUACGCCACCGACGACGAGCUCCACCUCAACACCCAGACGUCGUCGCAGUUUGACGGCUUCGCCCACUUUGCCUGGAACGAUGACCGCCAAGGCACCAACGGCGUCUACUACCAGGGUCUGCGCCACCAAGACCUCCACUCCGCCGACGACGCCGCCAGCCGCAACCACCUCGGCAUCCACCACUGGUGCAUGGCGGGCGGGAUAGCGGGCCGCGGCGUCCUCGUCGACUGGGUGCGCUGGUGGGAAGAGACGCGCUCCGACCCGCUGCCCGCGGGCAACACGUCGUACCCCAUCCCGCUCUCGCAGAUCGAGGCCGUCCUGGCCCACCAGCGCACCGAGCUCCGGCCCGGCGACAUCCUCCUGCUGCGCACGGGCGUCGUCCGCUGGUGCGAGUCGGCAUCCAUGCGCCAGAAGCAGGAAGCCUUUACCGGCGACGACAACUUCCCGGGCUUUGAGCCGACAGAGGAGAGCAAGCGCUGGCUCUGGAACCACAAGUUUGCCGCCGUCGCCGCCGAUAACCCUUCGUUUGAGCACGGACCGCACGGUGAUCUGUGGCUCCACAACUGGCUGCUGCCCAUGUGGGGCUGUCCGAUUGGCGAGCUCUUCGACCUCGAGCGCCUCUCGCAGACGUGCAAGGCACACGAUCGCUGGUCGUUCUUCAUCACCAGCGCCCCCUACCGAGUCACGGGCGGCAUCGCCUCGUCGCCCAACUCGAUCUGCAUCUUCUAG